AUGGACUUUUUAGAUAGUUUUCGUAAGUGGAAGUAUCAUAUUUUAGUUGCAUUAGCUUCAAUUAGUAUUACUGCAGCUGGCUAUGUGGCUGUGAAGAAAAUUGUGAAGAGAAGGUCAGGGAGUAAAUUAAGAGAAAUCAUUGCUUCUGCUAAUCCGCCAUCUGUGAUUAAGCUAAGGGUAAGGGAAGAAAAAGUAAUUGAUAAUGACAUACAGUUUAUUAUUUCGGUAAAGCUUGAAGAGCAUAAAAAACCACUGAGAAAUUCGCAAAAAACAAAUCCUUUUCUUUAUCCUUUUGAGGAGGGAAUUCAUAUAAAAAAUAUUGGACAAAGCUAUAGACUACUUUUUAAUAAAUUCCCUGUCGUAAAUAACCAUGUUCUGAUAGUUACAUAUCAAUUUGAAAAGCAGGCAGAGCCUUUAUCUGCGAAUGACUUAUCCGUAGCCUAUGACGUAUGCAAGGAAUUGGACGCUUUCGCAUUUUUUAAUUCAGGCCCUGCUUCUGGAUAUAGCCAAGAACAUAAACACAUACAAGUCAUCCCAUGGUCAAGCAUAUCAAGCUUCCCGCUUGGAAAAAUUAUCGAAGAAAAUUGAAGUGAAAGGCCUUUUUCAAUCCCAUGCUUCAAUUUCAGACACUUUUAUCACGGAUUUUCAAAUAGCCCAACAUCUGAGUAUUUGUAUGGAAUUUAUAAGAAAUUGAUGAGUCUAUUGGGUCCUUCGCAUUCUUAUAAUUUGGUGCUGACAAGAAGAUGGAUGCUUGUGGUGCCAAGAGAAAAAGAAAGAAGCUUUAAUAGGUUUGACUUGAACUCUAUGGCAUAUAUGGGAUUUAUGCUUGUCAAUAAUGAUGAAGAAUUGGGAUUUUUAAGAAAAAUUGGACCUUUGGCACUAUUGAGAGAUGCAGCAACGAGUAAUUAA